UGAAACUUCUCCGUCAAGCCCGGCGUUGAGGAUGGAAAAGCAUGAUCAGGCUGUCCACCGACACGCAGCCAGAUUUAGAGAGAAUUUGGAGUCCACGUUAUCCCUAAUUUUAUUAGUUUAACGGUUUAAUGCGCGUCGGCUAUGGUAAACAAACAAAUUUUAUACAUUUUUACUCUGGACGAAUUCGAAAUGUCAACUUUUUCUCCAGCAUAUAAGCCAGGACUCGGCCUGCCCCGCUUACUUUUUCUCUAACUAGUAUAUGCGGAAAUUGGGUACACCUGUCAUUAGUAUUUCCACUAGGUUCUACCGGUCCAAAUAGGGAAGAAACCCACUGAUCGGAGCCUACGUAUGAAGGAUCAAACAAAUCGAAAGUUGCAGGUGCCGAUCCGUCUUUCGAUCGCCGCCUUUGGUGACGAAUUUGAUGCACAUUUGAGGAAAUUAGACAUAGUUAGGGUUUUUGCCCAUUUUGGACCCCAAUUUCGUUGAUUCGAAUUGUAGCAGAUUGGGACCAGAAGAAUGGUAUUUUGUAGGUUUGCUUUGUGGGAUAUAAGAUGAGGAGGAAAUUAGGCAUGAGGGUCUGAUGGGGCAUGGGGGGCACUCGUUUCUUUUUGAUGAUAUGCUGGCUCGUUUGGAGGCUGAGAGAAGAAUGGAUCUAGGGUUUUCUGUUACUCCAACGAGAUCUGAAGCCACUUCUUCUUCUGAAACGUCACCAUCACCAACUGCAGGAGGAGCUUCAAAUAAUAACUAUAUUGAGCACACUGUGUCAAAGUUGGAUACCUUGGCGGGCAUUGCCAUUAAGUAUGGAGUCGAGGUAUCAGACAUAAAACGAAUGAAUGGAUUGAUGACAGAUCUUCAAAUGUUUGCUCACAAAACUUUGCACAUACCUCUUCCUGGAAGGCACCCUCCUUCAGCUGCUUUAUCAAAUAAUGCCAAAACACCCAGUUCUGUUCCUUCUGGGCGACCACCACGCUAUGGAAUUCAUGCAUCUUAUUGUAAUAGUAUUCCCGACAUCUAUGUGCCUGAGCCAAAGAAAUCUGACAAAAAGUCAGUUUCUGUUGCAAUGAGUCUCUUAAGGGGUUAUUAUGGGCUUUCACCAGGUCAGAGAAAGGGUAAUGAAGGAACGGAGAUGUCUGUAUACAAAACAGACAAUAAAUAUUGCAUGGAGGGUGAACCAUCCACUCCACCUCAAACAUAUGCAAAUGAUGGAUCCAAAGAUGUAAAUAGGAUUUUUAAGACUUCCUACGAUGAAGAUCUAUUGAUGAAGUUUGAGGUAGAUUUUACAGGUGAAGAUUCAACAAGAAGUAAAACAAAUGGCAUCCAUAAUAUGGGAUUUGUUGCGGAUGCAGGUUACAAUGAAACUGAAAAAACAAAUGAAAGCUCAGUAAGGAGGCGGUCUAAGGGUGAUGGGACGGACUAUUCAUUAGGUUCAACAGAAAGUGUACUCAAGCAGGAAGCCGGUUUAACUGGGAGAGGUGGGAAAGGUCUGUCUUUAAGACCCAAAUCUGGUGGUAAAGUAUCUCUUGCAAGUGAUACAACUGGUGCCACUGAUCAUCCAUUCAUGGUCAGUGACCCUCAUAUGGCUGAUGCUUUUGUUGUUGGGGUUGGUUCACUGAAGGGGUUUGGGGAUAGUCCGGGGAAUGGUAAGGCUGGGCAAGAUUUGAUGUCCAAGGUGAGGAGAUCAUCAAGCACCCCAAGUUUGCAAGAUUCUGGAAAGAUAUCUCCAUCAAGGUCGAGCACUAGGUGGGUAGCGGGCGAAUUGACAUCUGCUGUGGCCAAACCACUUUUUGAAGCUAUACCGAGACCAUCAAAUGGGAGGUGGAACAAAGCAGCUCUGGAUUAAUUUAAUUGAAUUUUUCUAUAUAGCAUCUGCCUGCUAAAGCAGUGGAUGAGGUUGAACAUUGAUGAUGUCCGGAGAUUGUUCUGCAGUAUUUUGGUAAUUCCUGGGUCUAGAUUGGAAAAGUCAUUUAUUUCAUCCAAUUUAAUUUCCUUCUUUGCAAUAGACGCAUGCUUCCACGUGUGGCUCUUGGUUAUAUCACAUGCAACAUGAUAGUGGACCCAAGGAGGCAAUCGCAUCUCCAUUCUUGUUAAGCAAGGGGGCAGACAUGUCACCUUGUAUUUUACUAUUCAAUAAAACUAUACUCUUCCCUGUGGCGGCUUAUGAGUUGCCGUCAACACUAAAGAAGAAAUUUACUAUGUUGACCAAAUUAUGUGUACAGGGUCAUCUUCGCAAAAGAUACGGCUGGGGAGAAAAUUUGUUUCUAUAAUUUAUUGCUGGAGAGAAAAUUUGUUGCUAUCCAUGGCAUGAAGAUCUGUUAUAUUAUUCAAGAAAUACUUUUUCAAUGCUAUAAAUUCAUUUAUUCAAGAGUUAA